CAGUGUUCUAGUCAUUGGAAGUGGUGACAGCUGUGAAGAUUUCAUAUUGAAAGGUUUUGAUGUUGCAGCUCAAGCAGUUGCUGAGUUGAAAGAUAAGUCCUACAAACUCAAGUUUGUUGGUGCACCAAGAGGGAAAGAAGGUGAAAUAGCAGAUAAGUUGCUUCAACAUGGUAUUGAUUGUAAUCAGCUAAUUAUCCGCAGCUUUUGUGACAGCAGAGAAUUAUUAGCUGACUUAUUCUGUGAGGUGGAUCUCGCUAUAAUGCCAUCCAAAACUGAAGGAUUUGGAGUCAGUGCUCUUGAAGCCUUAUCUGCUGGUUUACCUGUACUUGUCAGUGGUAAUUCAGGACUUGGAGAAGCUCUGAAGGAGGUGGCUCUAGGAUCACAGUGUGUGGUUAACUCUGAAGAUCCAAAAGAGUGGGCCAAAAAAAUCCAGGAGGUACGACACAAAAAGAGGGAGGUGCGACUCUUGGAGUCAAGGCUUUUGCGUGAAAAAUAUCUGGAGAAGUACAGUUGGGAAGGGCCCAUUGGAAGUCUUGUAGAGAAGAUGCACAGUCUCAUGUUUGGUUUAGGAAGCAGACCUGUUAUUGCAACUGGAGAUAAGAGGCCAGCCUCUAUUGUGUUAGGUGAUUGCCAUUCCAAACAAUUCAGGGGAGAAGUGAUAAACUAUUAUCAUCAUGAAGCUCUAAAAGGCUCCUUUGGUGAUCACUCAUCUCAUUUAUCCAUGAAAUAUGGACAGUUUCCUUUUCCUUCAACUUCAUUGCCUCAAGACAACCUUUUUCAAGAGAGAAGUCACUCUAAAAAUCAAGUGCAAGACAUAACAAAGUCAGAAGAACCACGCGUUACUACACAACGCGCAGAAAAUCCCAAGCCAGCUGAUUACCCUGAGAAACUUGUGGCGCUGAUUAGACGAGAGUACAAGGGAACAGUAUUGUGUCCCUUCCCUUGGUGUGAGGAAGAAUUGCAAUUCGAACUCUCUAAGAUAUUUACAAGACUGACUAUCGUUUGCCGGAAGAAAGAACGUGCAAAGUUGACAAAAGACCCCGUCAAAAUGACUGAGGUCUUAAGACCAUAUAAAAAAUGUGAAUGUAGAUGUGAAUGUAAAUGUGAACGUGAAAAACCAAGAGUAGUGUUGAUCGAAGGGGAACCUGGGAUAGGAAAAACCACUUACUGUCAGAAGCUUGCAUAUGAUUGGUCUGUGGGGGACAUUCCAACUGAAUCUUCUUUUCCUAAAGUGGACAUACUUCUUCGGCUGACAUGUCGUGACAUGAAGACUGCUAAAAUUGAGGAUGCUAUUGAAGAUCAGCUACUACCACUUGAUGUGAACGAGAAAGACAAGGAAAAUUUUUUCUAUUUCAUUCGCCAUUAUCAAUCUAGAAUCUUGCUGGUACUUGACGGAUUGGAUGAAUUACCGCAGAACCUGUUUAAAGAAUUUUUACCUUUAAUUAAAGGAAGAGUUUUACCUUUAACUUAUCUCAUUAUAACAGCUCGACACGAAGUAGGGAUAAAUGUUCGGCUACACAGUGACGCACUGUUUGAGAUUAAAGGCUACACCAAAGAAGAUGCAGACAGUUACAUCAAGAAGUAUUUCAGUUGUCACGACAAAUCAAGGCUUGCUGGGAAACUAAUCAGGAAAAUAAACAACGACUCACAGCUUAGGGAAUUGACUGCCAAUGCACUGAACACAGCUCUUCUAUGUCUUGUUUUUGAAGACACUGGCGGAAGAUUGCCUCACAACAAAACCAUGUUGUAUUGUGAACUUGUUGACUGUGUUUUGAGGCGAUAUUGUUCUAAGAAAGAAAUCCGUUUGUGCGACAAAAGUCCCAUAGACAAAUACAUGCACCAGCUGAAUCAGUUGGGCAAGUUAGCUCUUGAAGCUCUGCUGAAAGAUCAAUUGGCUUUCACUCCAGGGGAGUUAGAGAGUCAGUCAACGGAAUUCCUUCAGCUUGGAUUUCUUUCUCGAGAAGCCAGUGUAAGCAAAAUCAGACCGAAGCCAACUUAUGCAUUUAUCCACAAGACUUUUCAGGAAUUCUUUGCCGCAUUCCAUCUGUCGCUUGAAUUGGAAACUGCUGAUAGGGACCAGACGGCCCUGCUGACUCAGCUUAGUCCUGUUGAUAAGUACUGGCAGGUGUGGAAGUUUUUGAUCACAAUGGUAGCAGGUAAAAGUGAAGAAACAGCUACUUUCCUGGUUUCGAGACUAUGGGCUUCUUUUCAGCAUGACUCUAGAGGCGAUCCUCAUGACGAGCAUGACAAAUCAUGUAGAGGGGAGCUCUUCGGCCUUUUAAGUGACCAUAAUAUAGAAGUCCUUGAAGGUAUCAGAUGGGAUGGGGAGAGAUGGAGAGCGAUGGAGAUAACUGAUGAGGUUUCCUUUCUUGAGAAAACAGUUGAUGCUAUUGCUCAGUGUGAACAAGGUAAUAAUAAACUUAGUUCCUGCCAGAUUAAAAUGGCCCGUACGCUAGCUCAUUGUUUUCCUAAGGAUGAAGUGAUAAUGAAGAAAAGUUAUCUCCCUGCUAAUUCCUCUCCCUGGGGCUCUCAAUUUUCACUCGUUUUCUACGAAUAUCUUAAAGGCAACCGCAAACUGAAAGAAUUAGUUUGGGAAGUAUCAGCUACAGCAGCACUUGCAGAUGUCCUUAAAGCGACUCAUACUCUGACACACUUGCAUUUGAAGACCGGCCGGUGUAUUACAUCACUAACUCAAGCUCUUCAGGCGAAUCACACGGUUACACAUUUAAAUAUGUCUCAUACCAGAGUCGACGAUGUGCAAGCCAAAGUACUCGGAAAAGUUCUCCAGUCAAAUCACACUUUGACUCAUUUGUCCAUAGCUAGUAAUGGGAUAACACAUAUUGGAGUUGAAGCUUUAGCAGACGCACUAAGAUCCAAUAAAAUAUUGAAGAACUUGAAUAUUGGAAGAAACGAAAUCGGUAACGAGGGAGCCAAAGUACUCGGAAAAGUUCUCCUGUCAAAUCACACUUUGACUCAUUUGUCCAUAGCUGGUAAUUGGAUAACACGUAUUGGAUUUGAAGCUUUAGCAGACGCUCUAAGAUCCAAUAAAAUAUUGAAGAACUUGGAUAUUGGAGGUAACUACAUUAGUGAUGAGGGAGCCAAAGUACUCGGAAAAGUUCUCCAGUCAAAUCACACUUUGACUCAUUUGUCCAUAGCUGCUAAUGGGAUAACACAUAUUGGAGUUGAAGCUUUAGCAGACGCUCUAAGAUCCAAUAAAAUAUUGAAGAACUUGAAUAUUGAAAGUAACAACAUUGGUGAUGAGGGAGCCAAAGUACUCGGAAAAGUUCUCCUGUCAAAUCACACUUUGACUCAUUUGUCCAUAGCUCGUACUCGGAUAACACAUAUUGGAGUUGAAGCUUUAGCAGACGCUCUAAGAUCCAAUAAAAUAUUGAAGAACUUGGAUAUUGAUGGUAACGGAAUUGGUGAUAAGGGAGCCAAAGUACUCGGAAAAGUUCUCCAGUCAAAUUACACUUUGACUCAUUUGUCCAUAGCUCGUAAUGGGAUAACACAUGUUGGAGUUGAAGCUUUAGCAGACGCUCUAAGAUCCAAUAAAAUAUUGAAGAACUUGGAUAUUGAUGGUAACGGAAUUGGUGAUAAGGGAGCCAAAGUACUCGGAAAAGUUCUCCAGUCAAAUCACACUUUGACUCAUUUGUCCAUAGCUCGUACUCGGAUAACACAUAUUGGAGUUGAAGCUUUAGCAAAAGCUCUAAAGUCCAAUAUAAACAUUGAAGGACUUGGAUCUCAAUGA